GGCAAGCCGCCUCAGGGCGGUGCAGGAAGCCGGCUCCCGCGGUGGGGAGACUAUUUACCAGCGGGAUUUAAACCCGCUACAGAGAGGGCGUGGCCAUGGAAAGGCGGUGCAGCUCGGGUAGGCGGGGCGGGGGCGGGGCUCCGGGAGGCUAAGCCUAGUGCAAGAAAGACCUGAGCUCCCGGAGCCAGCGUCUGUCUCUUUAAAUGCCAAGGGCUGCGCUCCCGCCCGGGAGCCCAGAGCCGGAUCUACAAUCCCGUCCCUCCCGCUCCGGCGCUUGUUGCUCGCCCGGCCGGAGCCGGAGCUGCGGACCCCGGGAAGCCCAGCUACCUCCUUCUGCUUUCGUCUUCGUGUUCCACCUUCCGGGAGAUCUGCGUGAGGGCUUGUACAGCAGCGAGCGUGAACAGGCAUUUCCCCCAGCCUCAUCUUCAAUUCUUGGGGCGCUACACAGCCGCGCGGGGCGGGAAGGGGAGAAAUGCGUCCUUCCCGGCUGCCUAGCUUCGCCCCGGUCCGCGCUGGGAGAGGAGGCACUGCGGAGCCCACACCUGCAAACUCGUCCUAGAAGUCUCAGGGUGCGGCAGGGCGCCCCUCCCGGUCCCCCAGGGCUUCUACGUCUCCGCGAGUGAGUCGGCGCAGGUGGCUUUAGCCCCUGCCCCGGGACCAGUGCCAAUGACUCUGCUGGUGGUUUCGCUUUCUCCUCUCGCAGUCCUGUGAACCAGCGGUCCACAGCGUGAUGGGCAAUCAGGUGGAGAAACUGACCCACCUAAGUUACAAGGAAGUUCCCACGGCCGACCCGACCGGCGUGGACCGAGACGAUGGGCCCCGCAUAGGAGUCUCUUAUAUUUUCUCCAACGACGACGAGGAUGUGGAACCGCAGCCACCGCCCCAGGGGCCUGAUGGCGGAACGUUGCCGGACUCCGGGGACCGGCCUCCCCUGCCCCCGCCGCAGCCCUAUGACCCGCGGCAGCACGAGGUGGAAUGCUCGGUGUUUUAUCGGGACGAGUGCAUCUAUCAGAAAAGCUUCGCGCCGGGGUCGGCGGCGCUAAGCACCUACACACCCGAGAACCUGCUCAACAAGUGCAGUCCAGGCGACCUCGUGGAGUUUGUGUCUCAGGCGCAGUACCCACACUGGGCUGUCUAUGUGGGCAAUUUCCAGGUGGUGCAUCUGCACCGGCUGGAGGUGAGCAACAGCUUCCUGACCGACGCAAGCCAAGGUCGGCGCGGCCGCGUGGUCAACGAUCUGUAUCGCUACAAGCCACUGAGUCCCAGCGCUGUGGUGCGCAACGCGCUGGCACACGUGGGCGCCAAGGAGCGGGAGCUCAGCUGGCGCAACUCGGAGAGCUUUGCCGCCUGGUGCCGCUAUGGCAAACGUGAGUUCAAGAUCGGUGGCGAGCUGCGCAUCGGCAAGCAGCCCUACCGUUUGCAGAUUCAGCUCUCGGCUCAGCGCAGCCACACUCUCGAGUUCCAGAGCCUGGAGGACUUGAUCAUGGAGAAGCGGCGCAACGACCAAAUCGGACGCGCGGCGGUGCUGCAGGAGCUCGCCACGCACCUGCACCCGGCUGAGCCAGAUGAGGGCGACAGCGAUGCGACUCGGACUACACCGUCUCCCCUGCGCCCCCCUGCACCGGGCUCCGAGGAGGAGGAUGGAGACUCGGUGGUGCACUGAUACUUAACCUGGGCGCAGAGCUGCAAAAGGGAGCUGUUUGCAACGGCCGCGCCCCUUCCUCCCCACCCAUACCCCCUUCAUCUGGGCCCCAUUUGAUAUUCUUGGGCCUUUUGGAAAACGCAGAGUUGGUGAAAUGCACAGCCGACUUUGGACGGGGGAGGAGGAAGGGGACAGAGGGAGCAGGUAGGAGCACUUUGGCUGGUGGGUGGCCAUGGGGAACAUUUUCUUCCAGCCCCCUCAGUCUACCUUCCUUUCUGAGGUGAGGUAAAGUGUGAAUUUGCUUGGAGUUUCAACUCUGACAGAUCUGGGACCAAAUUUAGCCCUUCCUAUACAAGCAGACUUGGGGAAUUUCAGAGCACCUAUGCCCUGCAUUAGGCCUCUCUGUCCCUUUCAGCUUGGAGGAUGCAGGGUACAAAGGCCAGAGGGGGUUGGGGAGGCGCCGCCGCGGGGCAGCUGGAAGAGCUACUUAUCUGCUUCCCCCACUGAGCUGUGCUUGGAAUCAUAGAGGCUGGAGUGAUUUAUUUUAUGGGAUUCCCGGGGCACAGGUCUGCUGAAACCACAAGAUCUGGGAGCAGCAGACCGAAACCAAACAGCCCUGUAUUAAGUGCAACAAAUACUUUAGCAAACUCAGGCUACAGGCUACAAACAGACUCUACUACCUCCCUCCUCCCUAUCCCCAAGUACCUCCUCUUGGGAAGCUGACUCUAAACAGAGUCUCUGCCUCACAACCCUUCCCCGUCCAUCUCCACCCCCUUUUCCCCCUCCCCCACCCCGGUUACAAGUAAAUCAUUGUCAAGGGCCAGGCAGAGAAAGGAUUCAAUUAAGGUACCGUUCUGCUGCCUCUGUUUUUGGCCUGCCGCUGUGGACUCUUAGAGCUAUGGCGGUGUUAUCAAGGGAAGCAAUAGCCCUUUGUGUCUCUGAUCUAAUUAAACCUGCUUGGCGUGUUCAUCUGCAGGUCACAGAUGGGGUUGGCUUGUGCCACCCCAUAAAAUAUCCUCUAGGGAAUCAGCCAGCGAUGCCCUGGCAAGAAUUAAAUCUCUCCUAUCCCCUUGCUGAAUGGUGAGGGUAAGCCUGUACAGAUAAAGCUGGACCCAGGGUUCUUUCUGCUUUUUUUUUUUUUUCUCUCUUCUUGGUCCGCUUUCCGCACCAUGGCUUUGUUCUGCCUGGUGGUAAAUCCUAGGUUUCAGACAGUUGCUGUGGUAGGUAGGGUUAGGGUUAGGUUCACUUUACCACCUAUGAUUGAAGUUUAAUUCAAGGUGCAGAGUCUUGUUAUAUGGACCCAGUUUCUUUGUGACUUGGAGAACAUCCCAACCGAGCCUUUUCUUGAUUAAGAGUGGUGACAUGAGUCCUACAGAUUUUGAUUAUGGUCCCAAAUAUAGGUUGGUGAUGGUGGAAUGUGUCGUUUUGCUGACUGACAGGUAGCAAUUGGGUCGGCUGCUGAACUUCUGUGCACUUUAGUACAAGGCUUUAAGAUGUCGGCAGCCCUGUCCCCUGAACUGUGGGCGGGCCUUUGACUGCUGAAUGCUUAUGGGCUGCCUGUUAACUGCUCUCAAAGUUGAGCCUGGUUAAAGGCCUUUCCUGCCUUCCACACUCAGUCCUUGUACUGUAAUUGGACAAGUAAUUUGUGAACUAGAUUUUAGCCGUUGGAACAGAAUCUUACUUGAGUGCCCUGAAGCCGUGGCCAUUGUUGGGCUUCUUGCCUGGGGAAUCACACUUUUUUUAGACAUAAAAGUUGAAAUCCGCCAGGCGGUGGUGGCGCACGCCUUUAAUCCCAGCACUUGGGAGGCAGAGCCAGGUGGAUCUCUGUGAGUUCGAGGCCAGCCUGGGCUACCAAGUGAGUUCCAGGAAAGGCGCAAAGCUACACAAGGAAACCCUGUCUCGAAAAACCAAAAAAAAAAAAAAAAAAAAAAAAAAAAAGUUGAAAUCCUAUUUUUUUUUAAAGCCUAGAUCUUCAUAGUACCUCAGCAUGAUACUUUUUCAUUAUAAAGGCAUUAAAUGCAUUUUCUGCUUUCAUGGUGAUUACCAAACAAGUCCUUGUUCCUUUGAAUGUUGAAGAUGAGCUGUACACCAGCCUUGGUUUGGGACAUUGGAGGAGAAUCAGUUUCUAAUUGGGAAUGUAGAUCUGAUUUCUGUGUACAUGAGUACACAGCUAUGUAUUUAUAUGGUCUUGUUCUUGGAACAGCAGAGCAAGAUAAACACAAGCGAUGACAUUUAGGAAAACCUAUGUCUAACAGAUUGGGGUUAGUGAAAAUGGAAAUUGAUGCCCACUGUGUGGACGACAGGAGAGGAAGAAUCAGAACAGCUGUUACCAGCAGCUCUGGAAUAGCAAACCAUUCCUGCUCUCCAUCCCAGCCUUUUUCAUCACCACCCCCGCCCCCCAAAAAAGAAAGUCUCUUCACGCUCAGUGUAGCAGGUGAUUUGUAUUAGCCAUAGAGUGCCCCCAAAGGAAGAACUCAAAAGAUCCACCCUACCGGUAGCAUUCUUACUUCUUGGAAAUAAAUCUUUUCCAGGUGAUAUUUUCUGGAAUGUGCUGUCAGCAAUUCAACUGGGUACCAAUGGUGGCAAAUAUGGAAUACUUAGGAAGAACUCUCCCCUUGGAAGUUUCCUUAGGGGGUAGAAGGGUUUUAGCAAUGGUUCUUAACCUCUGUGUGUGUGUCAUCAAGACCCUUUGGGGCACAUACGAGAUAUCCUGUAUAUCAGAUAUUUACAUUAUGAUUCAUAGCAAAAUUACAGUUAUGAAGUGGCAAUGAAGUAAUUGGAUGGUUGGGGGUCAUUACAACAUGAAAAAUUGUGUGAAAGGGUCUCAGCGUUAGGAAGGUUGAGAACCACUGAUUUGAAGUAAAGUAACAUGGACUUAGGGCUCUAAGAAGAGUGUUGUAUCAUCUCUUGGUUUUUAAGAUAGUAGUGUUGCGGGGGGAAAAAAACUUUUUUUUUUUUAUUUUAAUGUCCUGGCAAUGACUAUGUCUGGCACUUUAGAAAAUAAAAGAAUAUUUAAUAAUUUUUGUUUCUCCUUAGGAAUAAGACAUAGAACUAUUUUGUACUGUGAAUUAUGGACGCUCUUUGAAGGAAAGAAAUAUUGAUUCCAAUGUUCUUCCGAAGCUCUGGAUGGGGGAUAAGCAGGACCCUGUGGAACACAUACUAAAAGAAACCAGACAAAUUCUAUUUUCUUACCCGAGCAAAUAUUUUAUUGAGACUGCUUAUGUAUGUCCAAGGAGCCUACAACUUCAGCUACACAACUUUUUCUAUGGGGAGAACUGGGAUUUUGUAGCUUUUAUUCCACGUUUAAUUAAACAUGACUUUGUAGCAGGAAAAUGUCUAGCAGAAGACUUUAUUGCAGAUCUUGAAGAAGAUUUUUAGUUUUUAUGAAAAUGGUUUCAGUGGUUAAAGCCCCUCAAAGCUUUGGCGCUUCUGAGCCUCAUGGCGCCAUUGGACAAAAACAACCACAUGAAAACAUAUUUUUUGGAAGCAAAACUUUAAUUUUAUAUGACAUAUAUAUACUAUGGAAAGCUAAGAAAAUUUAAGGACUACUUGUUUUUCUUUUUUCUUAAAAUGGGAUCCACUGUGUUGAAGACUCUUGAUAUUAUGUGCUUGUCUAGCCAUUUAAAAAAAAACAAAUUAAAAUAAAAUUGAACAUGAUCAUAGUCAUCCAAUGGAUUUGUUUGGAAAGUUAGAUUUUAUUUGUGAAUUGUUUAAAAAAUCAGGAUAAUGAUCAAUUUGACUGUUUUAUUCAUCUUUUCCUUAUGCCGUUUUGUUCUUGGUUAUAAAUCUGUGGCCUGUGAAGAAUUACCCAUCAGGAUACAUACUCCACAUGCAUUUUAUUUCCCAGCAAAUUGUAGAAACUUUAAUUUUGUUGGAGGUUGUAUGUUAAAUCAAUUUUCUUUCACCACUUCUUGAGGAGGAGGUUCUAGUUUGAAAUUGUAUCAUUUCCUUCAAAAUGAAGGGCAGUACUUAGUUAAAUAAAAGAUUGAUGACAUCUUUUAAGCCA